CGCUAAUGGUAGCAGGUAUCAACUACUGGUUCGCAAAGCUGUUGUUACAGAGAGGUUGCAAUGUCCUCAUUGCAGAUAUUGCCCUCCUCCCUGAGGCGAAAGUACUCCUGGAACAAUACACUUCUCAGCCUCGUGCCAUUUUUCACAAUACCGACGUUACCAGCUGGCCUGACCUGGACUCCAUGUUUGACGCUGGAGUUACUGCAUUCGGAAAUAUUGAUCUGGUGUGUCCCGGCGCGGGAAUCUACGAACCCCACUGGAGCAACUUCUGGCAUCCUCCUGGUACCUCUGUGAGCAAGGAUGCGGUGGACGGCGGGCGAUAUAGCAUUCUGGAUAUCAACGUGACGCACCCAACCCGUGUGACGCAGAUGGCGAUAUCGCAUUUCCUCAAUCCUCCCCCUGGUAUCGAGAAAGUCAGCCCUGCCAACCCGAAACGGAUCGUGCAUAUAUCCUCUGUUGCAGGCCACGUUUCAGGCCUGGCUAACCCCAUGUACAUCGCUUCCAAACAUGCGAUGCAUGGCCUCGUUCGAAGCCUUGCCAUGUUGGAGACGAUCGGCAUACGCGUUAACGCGGUUGCGCCGGGACUGGUGAAAACCCCGCUGUGGACCGAUCACCCGGAGAAGAUGAAGUUGGUAAAUGAGGAUAAGGACCAGUUCUGUACUCCGGAACAGAUUGCGGACAGCAUGUUGAGGUUAUGUGAGAAGGAGGACAUGGUUGGAGGUAUCAUCCUCGAGGUGUUGCCACAAGAGCGGAUCGUGCAGGAAUACAACGACCCUGGCCCAAACCCCGAGCAUCUUUCCCUUAGCAACGGGAGAAAAGGAGUGGAAGACGUGUUCGGUUGGUUGGGGAAAGCUGGCUGGGGGGUUAAAGGGAAUGUAUGAAAAGAUGGCGAUAUCGGACUGUGCCAGAGGAAGCGUACCUGUGAUACUUUGAUGUCUUUGAGUCUCGGCCCAUAUAGGUGACAAUCAUGUAGUUACGCUUUUUCAUCCUUUUGGAAACAUAGAGUGACAACUUGUUGACCA